AUGCUCGUUCCGACUUUCACUCCCCUCCUCGCCCUCUCAACCACCAUCUUGGGCGCCGUCACGGCAACCCCGAUUAACACUAACGGCGCUCCGGAGGCUGCCAACCCGACCAAGCGCGCCGUCCUCACCUCCGGCCGCUUCACCUACUACAAUCCCGGCCUGGGCGCCUGCGGCCAUAGCAACGGCGACGGCGACCUGGUCGUCGCCCUCAGCCACGCCGACUUCGAUCCCUCCACGCCCAACGGCAACCCCAACAACAACCCCCUCUGCGGCCGCCGCCUGCGCGCCUCCUACGCGGGCAGGUCGGUCGACGUCACCGUCGUUGACCGCUGCGUGGCCUGCAACUCGGGCGACCUCGACCUCAGCCCGGCCGCUUUCCAGGCGCUCGCGGAUCUCUCUGUCGGCGUCAUCGGCGGCACUUGGAACUGGAUCUGA